UGACCGUCGACGUGAUUAUGUGACUUUAUAAUAAGGUAGACGACCUAAAAGAUAAAACAGGAACUUCGUAGAGAAAUUCCAACAACUGAUAUAACUUUUAAACUACAGACUAGGGACAGUAGGUAUUCGGUCUCUAGGACGUGCGGAAGAUAACAUUUUAGUACCUUUCGCACGUUAUUGUAACGAUCUUUUGAGGAAAGCUAAUUGGCAGUUUGUGACUGCUUUCAAAAGGGAUUUUUACUGCUAACUUGGAUACAUGAAACCCCUACAUAGUCCUGCAUAUUCAGUGAAAUUACUGAAAUAAUCAAAUAUAUCUGAUCUCAAAGGUUGAAUUCUUACAGCUGCGCUUAUAUAGGACACUCUGUGUGUACUUUUACAAUUGAUUGAUUGAAGAUACAGGUAAUUACUAAUAUGUAUCACCAAUGGUUAAAUUGUUUCCAAUACAGUCUAUAGUCCCAACUAAUCUUGCUAUACAGUGGAGUGAGUGCCUGAGUGGGCCGCAUUCUUAACUGAAGCGGAAGUGCUCAGACAAGACGUGAACUUGAGCACGAUAGUAACUAAGGAUUAAAUUUGCUGAAAACGUUUCCAUCCCAUUCGUAAAAUGGUUAACAAGCGUAAAAUGGUUAACAAGCGUAAAAUGGUUAUCAAGCGUGAAAUGGUUAACAAGCUUUUUUAAAAUUGAUACAUGUUUCCCGUUCCCUGGGCGAACUUGAAGCGUUUUAUGUGUCAUAUGAGAAUUUAAAUCCACCUAACAACAGUCUAACAAGAUCAGAUUCACGAGGUUUUUUUGUUCAAUUCUCUCUCUUUAAGGAAUCAAAAUAUUACUUACCCUCGCGUUGGUCGUAACGGGUCUUACUGUAACAAACCACUUAUUCCACAAGCACAUCAAGUACCCCCAAAUACUUCGUUUACAAUAUGCGUACCAGCCUGCUCCUGGAGUUUUUUCACCAACGAUGAAAUUUAUCGGAUCAAUACGACCUUGUUCACUGCAUGCGUUGUAGCAAUCGUCUCCUUGAUCGUCACUUUGAUGACCUGGUUCAAAGUGCCACAUCUGUGGAAAUUUCCGCAUUUUAUCAUCGUCAUCAUGAUAACACAAUCCACCAUCAUUGUGAGUUUUGUGGCAGUGGGUAUAUUACUUGGACCCGACGCAUUCUGUAGCAGUAAAUACCUCGAAGAAGCAUAUAACAAAGCGACACUAUUCUGUGUAUUGGAAGGUGCACUGACCCACUAUCUUGCUGGCUCUGUUUCGUUCUGGUUUGUUGCAUAUAAUGUUGUUAUUGCCAAGGGUUUAGUAUUUGAGAACACUCAACGAAAUGAAAGAUCAAAAUGGCCAUUCAUCAUCAGCGCAGCAUGCUGUUGGAUUCUCCCAGUCAUCCCAGUAGCAAUUGUUCUAACUUCCAGCGAAGGAUACGCAGCGUCAGCAAUGACUUAUUGCUUCCCUAAAUCAAAUGAGAUGACAUUCUACACUGUAGUUCUCCCUGAGAAUGUUAAUUACGCCGUUGGUGUAUCUUUCUUGUUUGUCAUUGUGUGGAAACUAAUAAAGGAAAGGCGAGCUACGAUAAAUUCAUCACGGCACCAGAAUGAAAUACGUAAAAGCAAAAUGGGAAAUGUUGUGGGACGGUUGUCCUUAUUAAUGAUCUUCUACACGGCAACGGUCUAUCUCACAUAUGGCGGUUUGGCGUAUCAGUUGAACAAGGUGGAGGCACUGAAAACAUCCUUAAAUAUGGUACUUCACGUGUCUGAAUUUUCACGCAAAGUGUCCUAAAGACUACAGAAAAUACACCUCCUAUUUCUCCCUGGUUUCCCAGUACAUCGCAGCAGGACUGUUUCCACUAGUGACGGUUCUGUUCC